AUGGCUGGCCAUAAGGCGGCUUCUGCGUCUUCAAAGAAGGCUGCUGCUACCGAAUCUUCCACUACUCACAAGCGAAAGCGAGACGUCGAUGCUACGCACACUGCCUCCACGCCGUCCCCGACGAAGAAGCACAAGAAACGCCAAAGUCUGUCGACCACGCCAAUCGAGAACGAUGAUACCACCAAGAACCGAAGAAAGCUCAAAGACGCGCUUCAGGGGGAUGAUUCUCCGAAGAAGACCGGGGAAGAAAGUGUUGUCUCGCCAAAGCGCAGCAAGGCGCGAGCUGCAGACUCGCACGACCGUGUCUCUGAAGCAGGAACAAAGUCGAAGAAAAACAAGCGAAAGACAUCUGAGGAUGACUAUGGUUCAGCUCAUGAAACUGAAUCUGUGAAUGGCGAGCCCGUGGAUAUUGAUGGGGCAGACACGAAAGAACUUUCAAUCGAUGAUGGCGAACCCCAAUCCACCAAGAACAAACACUCCGGGAUUUUGUCAAAGUUUGAAAGAACCAAGACGGUAGCAAGUGCGAAGGCGAAGAAAAAGCCACGAACUCCCGAGCCCCAAGAAGAAGUCACGGUCGAGCCGGUCGUUGCCCAGGGCCUCGAACCCUUGCCCCAACCCGAAAAUCCCCCAGAGAUCGUAGAGGCUCCCACUUACUCUUCGCUGCCCGCCUGGUUGGCAAACCCUUUGCGAACAUCUGCAGCCGCGCGAUCCAAGUUUGCGGAUCUAGGCAUUAAAGCCGAUCUUCUACGCAUCCUCGAGGAACACAAUUACAAAGAGGCGUUUGCCGUGCAGUCGGCCGUCAUCCCGCUUCUCCUACAAGGGAAAGAGAAUCAUCCGGGAGACUUGUGUAUUUCUGCUGCUACCGGUUCUGGGAAGACGCUCUCUUACGUGGUUCCAAUGGUUACUGCCCUGCCAGCGAGACCUGCCCCGAGACUGCGCGGGCUCAUCGUGGUUCCGACUAGAGAGUUGGUGAAACAGGCCCGGGAGACCUGUGAGCUUUGCGGGGCUGGCUCGCGACUUCGUAUUGCGAGUGCUGUUGGCAAUGUGGCCAUUAAAGAUGAGCAAAAGUUGUUGAUGCGAAUGGAGCAAGUCUACAACCCGGCCAUGGUGGAGCAGCACCAGAGAGGGUUGCAAGAGAAUGAGUGGAUGGAUUUCGGCAUUUUGGAUUGUAUCGAUGAAGCGAUGAACUCGGGCAGUACUCUUCCGGGCCAUAUUCGGUGCCCAGAGACGAAUGUUGACAUCCUCAUAUGCACUCCGGGCCGCUUGGUCGACCAUAUCCGCUACACCAAGGGGUUUACUCUCAAACAUCUGGAAUGGCUUGUGAUUGAUGAGGCCGAUCGGCUGUUGAAUGAGAGCUUCCAAGAGUGGGUGAGCGUGGUGAUGGACUCGUUGAAUGAACGAUAUGCCCCGGACGCCUCGGGGCCGGCUGGGAAAUUUUUCGCUCAGAUGGGCCUUCCAAUCGAGACAAGAGCACCACAGAAGGUGGUGCUCAGUGCGACAAUGACACGGGAUAUCUCGAAGCUCAACUCCCUGCAUCUGGAAAACCCCAAGAUGGUUAUUAUUGGUACCGAGAAGGCUGUGGUCGAUGAGGACCCAUCGGCCACCAACCAAGACGCCAAUUUCACCCUCCCGCCAACAUUGCACGAGCAUAUGGUUGCUGUCGGGGAUGGAUCGCAGAAGCCUCUUUAUCUGCUUCGUCUCCUCCUUUCCCACAUCAAUAUCAGCACAGAUUCGCGUGCACCUCAACCUGCAUCCGACACAUCCGACUCCGACUCCGACUCCGACAGCUCUAGCUCGGACGAUGAGACCAGCUCUGAUGAAUCGUCUGAUGACGACACUUCCUCUUCAGGAUCCGACUCGGACUCGGACUCGGAUUCUUCUGAUUCUUCCUCGGAUGAGUCUACCGAUGCCGAAGGGUCAGACGAUGACACUGUCGCUCUCGUACCCAACACAGGGCCCCCGCGCACCACAGUUUUGAUUUUCACCAAGUCCUCUGAAUCCGCGUCACGAUUGUCUCGCCUGCUUUCGAUCCUGCACCCACCGCUAGCCGGCCGUGUGGGAACCAUCAUCAAGUCAAACAAAUCAUCUGCAUCCCGAAAGACCUUGACUGCCUUCCGCCGUGGUCAGCUCUCUGUGAUCGUGGCGACUGACCGUGCCUCUCGAGGACUGGACUUGCCCUCUUUGACUCAUGUUAUCAAUUACGAUGUUCCGACCAGCGCAACGACUUACGUGCACCGGGUUGGACGGACGGCCCGUGCUGGCCGAGAGGGCUCAGCGUGGACUCUGGUGGCGCACCGUGAGGGCCGGUGGUUUGCCAACGAAAUUUCGAAGACGCUCGACGGUCGCAUCGUUCGUGCAUCUCCAAUCGACCGCGUCCAAGUCAAGGUGGAUGCGCUGGGUUCUCUCAAGGCGAAGUAUGCGGCCGCGCUGGACGAGCUGGAGCAGGAAGUUCGGGCGGGUUGA